AAUCCUUUCCCCGACGCCAGCGAAGUAGUCGGUUCGAGAAGCGAACCAGUCCUCGCAUUUAUUUCCACACCGACGGAAGCAAAAUCCCAGAAUCCAUUUUCUCCCAAAACCCUUUCACGAAGGGAAAGCAAAAAAACUCAUCUUCGAAUCGGGUCCGAAAUUAUCCGAUAUCUUCCUCUCUCUUUCUUUCUCAAUCUCCUCUGGUCGAGGAUCGGGAUCGAAAGCACCUGAUCGUCCGAUCUCCCGAGCUGACAACUAGCGUUACGAUGAUCCAAUCUCGGCAGCGAAUUUCGUUUCCUGUUCGUCUUCUCGUUGGCGCGAUCUUCCUAUGCUUUCUUCCAGGAACUUUUUCAUCAAAGAUUGUAACACUUGAGUCAAUUAUGCUUUUUAAUACUCAUGAAUGGCUGGUUAGCGAACCAACGGUUUAUUUUCAUUGUAAAGGGGAGAACAAGACUGUUUUACCGGAUGUGAAGAAAACACAAUUUUUAUAUACUUUCAAGGGUGCAGAAUCUUGGCAGCCUCUGACAGAGCUUCCAAAUGACAAAUGCAAGCGGUGUGGGUUGUAUGAGAAGGACAGCAUAAAAUCAGAUGAUGUAUUUGAUGAAUGGGAGCUUUGUCCUGAUGAUUUUGUGGCUCCAGAUGGCAUAUAUCUGCGUUCUAAGGAGAAGGAAUUCAAUGCUACUCUUUCCUGCCCUCAAUGUGUAUCUGGUUUAGCCAAAGCUUCAAGAUCGAAUGAUAAGGGUGGUGAUGAUAAGGGGAUGCAUGUGGUUUUAGUGAUACUGAUCAGCGCAUUUGUUUCUACCGUAUCCAUUAUAGGAGUGGUAGCUGCCUACAGAUACUGGCUGAGGAAGAAGAGGGAACAAGAACAGGCACGAUUUCUAAAGCUCUUCGAAGAGGGUGACGACAUUGAAGAUGAGCUGGGGCUCGGGCAUGUGAUCUAGGCAGCAUCUUAUCUCUCGUGGCAAAACCGAGUAUGUUAUUAUUUCUUUUUUGUCCUUUAGUCACACAGAUGUAAAAUAGCCAAUGUAUAAUUCAUUUUCUUUUUAGUUUC